AUGUAAGCGGUUCAUUCUUAUUUAAGGUUUGUCUAUGAAGAAACAGUAACAGUGGUAAAAAAUCCUGGGUAAUUGCAUGGAAGCAGAGGGUAUCGUCCCUCUAAACAACAGAAUAUUUGAUCCAAAAAUGGCAAAUCACAGCAUCGACAUUUAUUACUACCACAUGAGCCCACCAUCUAGAGCGACACUAUUGCUUAUUAGAGCAUUGGGUCUCAAACAUAAUAUCAAAAUUGUGGACAUACCAAAUAAGGGACAGAUGACUUCAGAAUUUUUAAAGAUAAAUCCUUUGCAUACAAUCCCUGUAAUUAAUGACGGAGAAUUUAUAGUAUACGAUAGUCAUGUGAUAAUGAAAUAUUUAGUGAAUCAAUACGCAAAAGAUGAUAGCCUGUACCCGAAGGAUCCCAAGAAAGAAGCAGUAGUGGAUCAAAGGCUGUACUUCGAGGCAUCUUACCUUUUCCCCAGAUUUAUAGCUUAUUUCAUGCCGACCUUGUUUGGGGGACAGCCUCCAAAUGAAGAAGCUCAUAAGAAGCUAGAGGAAGCUUUUCAACAUAUGGAUAAUUUUUUAAAAAAUCAGAACUGGUUUGCUGGAACAAAUAUGACAAUCGCUGACUUCUCUUUAUUCUCACCAUUCUCAACUGUCGUUGCUUGUGAUGUUUUUGACUUCACCAAUUAUCAAAAUUUGUGGCAGUGGUACCAACGAGCAAAGAGUGCUAUGUCUGGUUUUGGAUAUGAUGAGAUAGAACAAGAAGGAGCUAACGCAUUUGGAGGAUACUACAAAAGGAAAAUAAAAGAUCUCUCUUAAAAACAAGUAAAUGAUAGAGUUCGUUUUAUAUAUUUUCUACUUAAUAAAUUACACACAAUUUCACUGAAUUUCACAUAUCUGUAUAGUUAUCUGAUUAUGAGAUCAUUCGAUAGAAAUUAGCAAUUUAGCAAAACUUGUGUUCUUUAUUGUUUGUAUUUAAUAAUAUUAAAUGCCUUAAAUAAUCAUUAUUAAAUUAGGUAACCAAAUAAAGCAAUACCAGCAUCACAAUUUUUAUUAUACACAAAUAAUACAAAGUAUAUUUGAUUUCGAUUUGAGUAAAAAGAGCAUGGGUUUCCUUUUUGUACAAGUAUGUAUUCAAACUCUUCUAAAAAUAUGAAUUUCCAAAACUAAAAUAUUUACAUUACUAAGUGUAAAAUCGUAAUUAUCAUUAAUAAUUCCUCACAAUUAUAACAUUCUGUAACAUAAAGUACUUAAAAAAUGUGUAUACUUGUACUUUUAGUCCAUUGCUGCUAUGUUAUAAUCUAUUCCAUAUAGGUAAUAUCGGAAGGAUGACAUUGCAUUGUGUGGAAAAUAUAGUAAUAUGAACACUUUAUUUGACCAGAAAAAGUUUUUCCUUUUUACAUUGAAGAUACUACAUCUUCGGCUAAUAAAAUAUUAGACUUUAUUGUAGGCAAUAUUAGAUCUGAUCCUUCAACUCUUAAACUUUUGUUUGUAUGUUACAUAAGUCGGAGUUGAUUACUCUUUAUUACUCCAUAAAUUUAAUUUUAUCUCUCUCAAGACUUAUUUUUUACAACAUUCUUGAACAAUAAGUUGUAUAAUAUAGUUCUAUAAUUUACAAGUUUCGGUUAGUAAAGAUUUCCUUUAUACUUGCAAUACAACUAAAUUCUCGGCAUAUAAGAGUGUUAAACUAAUAUUUAAAAAAAAAUCGCCUGCAUCAGUCAUUUAUAGUAAUUUCAGUUCAAUAAGUAUCAAUUACCGAUUUAAUUUUUCAUCACUACUUGUUAUUUAUAAAUAUAUGGUCUAGCUUACAUUUAACAUAUCAUAUUUUUAUAUUUUGUUGUUUAUAAUGUUAAAUUAGGUAUAAUUAAUUUUUCUGAUAAGUACAUCAUAUCUUCUAAGUAUGUUUAUUGUCACCAUUUUUGUAUUUAUAUUUUUUUAUAACAAAUUGUAUUUCCUUAAUUACUUUUUCUGUUAUUGUAACUUGCUUGGAAAAAUUAUCUAACUCUCUAAUCCAGAACUACAAACUUUAAAUACAAGAAACUAGAAGUAUUUGGCGAAAUAGAUAACAAUUUUUCUAAUAUUGGCCUCUAGAAAACUUUUAUAUGAAGCAAUAUAUGAUACUUCACUAACUACACAAACUUACUAAGUAAUACAUGACUACUCUAUAUAAUCUACACAUCGAAUAGGUAACAUUUUUUUGUUGUAAAAAAUUCCAUCUGCAAACGAAAUGUAAAUCUACUAGAUUUGCGAAUUUCAACUAAUGUAUAGUCGAUGAUAAAUUCUAUUAAUUCAGGUAACUUGGGGAUAACUAAAUGAAGCUGCUACAAAUUAUAACUCAUUCAAAACUAUAAUAAAACGUAGGCUAAAAACUAGUAACUUGUAGAAACUUGGUUUAUUUGACAUGCUUUCACUGUAAGAACUGAACAAAAACUUGCAUGAUAUGAAAUAAGUAACGUAAUUAUUAUUAUUAUUGUUGGACAAAGUUAGAUGAGUAAAUAAAUUUAAAUAUCGGAAAAGAAAAAAAAUCAACUAAAAUCAGUUGAAGAAUCUAAGAAACAAAGAAUAAUUUGGUCUUACGCAGGGCCUGAUACUAAGGAACUAAUACGAGAAAAGACAUGCCAAAUACAGUAAAAUAAUGGUCAUUGUGAAGAAAAAACUGGUGGUUCAGAAUAUAAAUCUAUGAUUGAUUAUACUACUUAAUUAUUAAACAAAUAUAUUACUUUGAGCCUCGGUUAAGGCUUGAUUAACUAAUCAGGUGAUUAGAC